AUGGAUUACGAAGGAGACAUCAUCGAUGAGGACAGCAUGACCCCCAGGGUCUUUGAUCGAACGAAAAAAAGCAUGGCCAUGAAGAGCUUCAAUAUGAACAACAACGAGGGGGAGAGUAGCCCAAGUAAAAAACAAACAAACAGAAAAAAGUCCAGAAAUUUUAACGUCGAAGAUGGGGAUAACAGAUCGAUUAACAAAAUGAAGCGAGUCAAAAAGGACAUUGCAAAAACGGGAUACGAUUAUACGAAUGUGCAAAAGAUGGAAGGAAUGUAUAAAAAUGAAAGCACAGAUGGGGGAGGAGAAAAAACAGAUAGCGUUGACAACACAGAAACGAAUGGACGCUUCACAACCAACACGGUGAAAAAGAGUGAAUCCUCCUUUAUGAAUAACGGAUGGCAAACACCCAAAAAAAGCAACGUAGGGAUGUACUAUUCUGGUAUUGAUAAUCCGUCGACUUUGAAAAAGUACAAAACGCCGUGCGAAAUGGAUAUGAUCAAUCCCGAUGAGAGCUUAAUAGGUAAUAAAUGCAUCACCAUUAAUAAUUAUGUGAAUCCUCCUAAAUAUGUAGCCCCUGUUGUGACUCCUAGUAAGUUUCCCCUCUCUGGGGAAAAUAAUCCCCACAUGACAUAUGACGAUUUUCGCUGCCUCUUCAAACACAAAGCGUGCAUCAUAAGUGAGCACGAAUUUAACAGCAAGAAAAAUUGCAACCAAGUUGACAGCUACGAAAAUAAGUACAUAGACUGUUUCACGUCCAACUAUGAAAACAACUCGUGGCCGAAUAAGAAGGAGGUAUCUCCCUCGCUAAGCAGAUCCCACACGAAGAUGCUGCACACCAGUAAGGAAUCCCCCCGCACUAAGAAGAGGAAGGUGGAAAAUGGGGCCAGUCUGAGCACCAAGAAGCUGCUCAACGAGUUGGGCAAGUGUGGCAAGGACAAGCGCGACAAGGAGAACGGGGUUAACAGCGGCACCAGCGCCAACAGCGGGCAUAGCGCGCAGAGCGUGCGGAGCGGCAAAAGUGGACAGAGCGGGCAUAGCGCGCAGAGCGUGCGGAGCGGCAAAAGUGGACAGAGCGGGCAUAGCGCGCAGAGCGUGCGGAGCGGCAAAAGUGGACAGAGCGGGCAUAGCACACAGAGCGGGCGGAGCGGUCAUAGCGGCAAAAGUGGACAGAGUGGACAGAGCGCGCACAGCAGCGGCAGGGGCCAGCAGCGCGAGGGGGGAGAAGACCAAAGCACCCGCACGGAAUGGAUCGACUACGAAGUCAACCCCGUCAUCAUAAAAGGCAGCAACAGAGCCGAAAGAAACGCUGCAUCUAUGGACCAAAUGUCCAAACAGAAACAGAACCCACUGACCCCAAUUUAUGAACCCUAUUCCAAAGAUCUAGACACCCUAUUUGAUAUAAAACUGAUAGAAACGCCAGCCAUCCUGCUAGGCAUAUACCGAGGUUUGAUAGUGGCCGUGUCCAGAAGAAACCAAAUGAAUGUCCCCGCCUUUUAUCAGCUCGUCAAACAUGAAGUGAUACAGCUAAGUAACUGCCCAUCGUUUACCAUAGAAUAUUUGAAGCAACUCGCAUGGAUAGCCCCCAAUUUGAUACAGCUAAAUAAGGUAGUCAUCACGAAGGAAGUUUUUGAUGCGAAUCAACAAGCCUACCCUGAGUUUGUCACAGGAAGGAAGGUAGAAGAUAUACAAAUAAGAGAGCAUACAGAUGCGUGCGAAAAUAUUUAUAAGUACAGCCCAUCGGACAAACUAGAAAUGCUGAAGAGGAUCAUCAUUAAUUGGGUUAAUGUGAAGCACAACGAAUUGUUAAGAGGAAUUAACCCCAAUUUUUAUUGCCCCAAAUAUUCUGAACUUAAAAAAUGGCAUUCAACAUUUAAUUUUAAAGACAUUCUAUUCCCAUCCGUCACGUUAGAGGAGAAUAAAAUUUUGGCCCAACUAGCACAGACUCCCCAAGAGAGCAAUGCAGAUGAUUUUAUUGUUAUCCAGGAUAGCCCCAUAAAAUGCGCUACCAACGAUUUUAGGAAAAAUGGAACCUUUGCGAAGGAUAUGCUAAAGGAGAAAACGAGGACUCCUUUGGGAAGAAACAGAAGAAGAUCAAAUAUCAUCGGGGGGGGAAGUCCAUUCGCUAGUUCAUUCAAUCAUAAUAACAACAUGGGAGAGUCUCCAAGGAAAAAGGAAACAAGUAACAUGAAACACAUAAGGGAAGAAGCAAACAAGAAAAAUAUUAUAAAAGAAAUUAAAGCAAAAUUUGAUAAAGAACACGAAACCGUAUUGAAUGAAAAAAAAAAAAUUGAAGAUGCUACAUGGAUUGCAGAGAUUAUACACGACACAUUUAUAGUCGAAGGAACACAAACAGUAAUAGAAAUAAACACCUUUUCAAAAAAAAUUGCAGACAAGUAUAAAACGAAUAAAGGCUUUCAAAUGGAUGAGGCCAAAAUAGCACAGCUUAUAGAAAUUCUCCCACAGUACGUCUCCGAUAUUAAUUUAAAGCCUAGUAUGAUGGAUAAAAAUAAAAUGACCCUGUCAGUUAAGUGCAAGAAAAAUCUCGGAACCUUCUUGGAGCCACUCACCAACAAAAUGAAUGACCUUUCUAGAAAGUACCAGGAGAUGAAGAAGAAUAAAGAGAAGCGACUCAACGAGUUGUGGAAGCAGCACAACGUAGGCUUUGAGCUCACCGAGAGUAUUAAGAAGUACUUUCUGACCCCCGGCUCGGUGUGCUUCUCGGACAUUUGA